AUGAUUUUAUUAUAUUGUAUUCGAGCAAUAAUGGGAACUUCAACAGAAUUCGGGAAAGUUCGGAUUAUGCAUAAAGGAACAGGUUGGGUUCGAGAUAAUUGGCCAGGACAAUUUCGCCAUUCCCGGAGCCAAUUAUUCAAAAACUUUGAAAUAUUGCAUCUUGACAAAUAAUAUAAUCGAAUCACAAAUGAAAUUACAUAUGCAAAACAUAUUCAUUUGAAGCGUCACCUUAUUCAAUGUGUCAAAAAUCUUUUUUUUUCCAUUAGAAUUUUUGAAAAAAAAAUCAGGAAUUGUUCCUAAUUUUGCCAUGGAUACGGACUUUUUUUUUAAAUUUGUAAAUCUAAAAAAAAUGUAGUUUCAGAAAAAUGAAGAGUCUAAAUAUUUGCGCUACUAUUCUCGUCGUAUUUUUCAUAUAUUUAGCAUUUUUCAAAAAAACCGAAAAUAUUCGUAUUCCAUGGUCAAAUCAGAAUCCUAUAAAUCUCUCCGAUGUUUAUCAAACCAACUCCGAAGAUCUUUCCGAUGUUUAUCAAACCAACUUCGAGAAAAGAAAAUCGUUUUUGGAAGAUGCGAAAAAUGCGCGGCAGAGUUUGUUGAAUGCCUCAAAACAAAUGGAUAAUAAAUUAUUCUAUGAAAAAAUUACAAUCGAAGCGUUUUGCCCAAAUAUUGAAAGAGUUGGCUCAAGUGGAGACGGCGGAAAAUUUGUAUGUAACCCUGAAUUGUCGCGAAAAGGAUGUAUGUGAGUUUUUGAAAGGUCAAAAAUAGCAAGGUUCCAAAUACCUAAAAUUUACAGCUUAUUAUCUCUAGGUCUCAACAAUCAGAUAACUUUCGAAGAAGAUUUCCAAAAUCGAACCAAAUUAAAAUGCAAAUUAUUUGGAAUCGAUGUUUCCCAACAAAAUGAUAUGACAUUGAAGAGCUACAAAAAUAUUGGUGGAAAAGCGUAUGUUGGAGAAAUCGGUAAAAACUAUCCGAUUGCUAAACUUCUCGACGAAUCUUCUAAAAAACAGGCUGAUUUUUUGAAAAUCGAUAUCGAAGGCGCUGAACAUUAUGCACUUAUUCCAUUUUUAAAAAAUAAUUUUGUUUGUCAAAUAUUUUUGGAGAUUCAUUACACUCCUACACAACAAAUGAAAUUGAUGAGUCAAAUUGCCAAUUUAGGAUUCCGCCUUUUCAAUUUCGAACCAAAUCCAUUGUGUCCACAAUGUUGUGAGUAUAGUUAUAUCAAUGAAUUGUGUAUGGAUGAAUAUAAUGUGGUUCUUUUGAGUUAUCGUGUACCUUUAGAUUUUUUUUGA